UAGUCCACAGUGCAAGGCCGUCCUGUACUGUUCUGACCAGUGUUCCCAGGCAGACCAGAUCCGCUGUCCAGAGGAUGCCAGUCACCAGCACUGGUGUGAAAAACUGUCCCGUUACAUGAGCCACGACUCACAGCUUGCCGAGCUGCCGUUCAGCUACGCCGCAGAGGUGACAGCUGUUGAUUUCGACCUGGAACACUUCCUGAAUAAGAAUAAAUUGGACAGUGGCUACUGGGUACACUGGAGCCUCCUGGUGCGCUCCCCCAGAUAUGAGCUCCAUCCCACAGUGGAACAGUCCAGAGAUCAAUACCCCCACUGGUUCACAGGUCACAGUGAGCCCUUUGGACCCCUGAAAAGGGAGGGAGACAUCCUGUUCUGUAGCCCAGCUCCUCAUGCAGUCCCCAGCGUCACCAAACCGAUGGUGUUGUGGAGUCAGUACUGUGAGUGGAGAGGUAUCAGUCUGUCCUCUCCUGCAGCUGUUCUUCUCAGCUCCCCUCUCUCCAUCUACUACAUAAUCACGUCGCUGGUGCCCAAAGACUUUCCAGAGCUCAACAUCCAGAAGAAGCAGUCUCUAAAGAUCCACAUCAUCGACUCCUACAGGGAGUUCCACUGUCUCAAGGUGUUCUGGGAAUUGUCCAUUCUCCUGCCGCACAUGACCUUUGAACUGGUGUUCAUAGGGGAGGGACUUCCCCCUGAGAGUGACGAGGAGCAGCUCUUUCUGCAGAAGAAGGACGGCCGUGUCAACCUGGUUAACCCCAGCUUCACCCCGGAUGAGAAGUUGGACAGGAGGAGCAUCCGGGUCAAAGGUUACCGCAGGGCCUAUCACAUGCUGCAAGGGCCCAAGCCUGACCUGGUGAUUGGCUUCAGACCGGCGAUCCUGCUUCAGGAGUCGUGGCUCAGUAUACUCCCUAGGCUCCAGUCCCUGAGGGUUCCAGCCUACUUCUGUGAGGUUGGAGAGUUGAGCUGUGAGUGCAGCCAGCAGGUGAUGAGCCAGGCCACCGGGGGCACCCUCUCCCCUCCACACGUCAACCCCUUCCACUGCCCCAUGCGUAUCACUGGAGGAGAUAACAUGCUGCCCUGGUAUUCCAAUGCCUUCAUCUUCCAUCUGAGGUACAAGCCCCUACAUAGUGAGAAACGACCUUCUGUGGCCUACCCCAAAGCCCCGCCUCUGCAGGUAGAGCCGGCCAAUCAGGAACCUGACUACCCUGUGAAGAUGAGUCGCAGGGAUAGGAAGCAGGCCGCCCGCAAUAUGCCCCGCAAACGCAAAUGAUGAUAACGACAUGCACACACAUACGCACUCAAACACAAACAUAUACACACUGACACACACACACACACUGGCACACACACACUGGCGCGUGCGCACACAAGGUUACUCUCAAUGACCAGACUCAGGGCAGACUAACACUUUAGCUGAACUAGCCUUUUCAUUAAAAAGACCAAUCAUAGACUCUUCA